AUGACCGGUCUCUCCGAAUUCAAAAUCAGGAAGGCCAAGAAGCGCGACCGGCCAUACAAGCUCUCCGAUGGCGGGGGAUUGUUCUUAUUGGUGAAGCCCAACGGCUCCAAGCUGUGGCAGCAGAAGUAUCGUUUCGCGGACAAGGAACGGCUGUUGUCGCACGGGCCGUACCCUGAUGUAUCGCUGGCGAAGGCGCGGCGGAAGCGUGACGACGCCCGAGAACUGAUCGCUGACGGCAAAGACCCGGCCACCCAGAAAAAGCUUGAUAAGAUCGCCGCCGAGAAGGCGGCCCGGACAACCUUCAAGCUGGUUGCUGAGGAAUACCUGGAAAGCUUGGAACAACGGGGUUUGGCACCUGCCACGCUGCGCAAACAGCGCUGGUAUCUGCUUGAACUGGCGAAGUCCCUGCACCGGCGACCAAUUGGCGAGAUCACGCCAGCGGAAGCACUCUAUCUCCUAAAGAGCAUUGAAAAGAGCGGACGGCGGGAGACGGCGCGCAAGAUGCGGACCUCCAUGUCCGCCGUGUUUCGGUUGGCCGUGGUCACGAUGCGCGCCGAGACUGACCCCACAUCAGCACUCAAGGGAGCACUGGUGCCCCCGAAGGUCACCGGUCGGGCUGCCAUCACGGAUGAGCAGCAGUUUGGCGCCCUGCUGCGCAGUUUUGAGGACUUCUCCGGCUGGCCAAUCAUCGUGGACGCGAUGAAGUUCCAGAUUUUGACCAUGAGCCGCCCCGGAGAAGUGCGUGGCGCCGAGAAGGAUGAAUUUGACCGCAAGAAAGGGGUGUGGACCAUUCCCGCCGAGCGCAUGAAGAUGCGUCGUGAACACAAAGUGCCGUUGUCCAAACAAGCGUUGGGGAUUGUGGAGGAGAACUGGCCACAGAUUGACGGUGUGGAGCUACUGUUCCCCUCGCUCGUCUCCAAUCGCAAAUGGCUCUCCGAGAACGCCUUCAACAGCGCUCUGCGUCGUAUGGGCUACCGCAAGGAAGAGGUGACCGCGCACGGCUUUCGGGUCACCGCUAGCACCAUCCUCAAUUCGCGCGGCUUUGAUCCGGAUGUGAUUGAGGCGGCGCUAGCGCACCAAGACACCAACGCUAUUCGGAGGACAUACAACCGCUCCACCUAUUGGGAUCAGCGGGUGGUGCUUAUGCAGGCGUGGGCCGAUUUGGUUGAGGAGUUCAGAGCAGCAGUGCCGGGAUGA